UUUUAUUUAUUUUUAAUACGAAUUAUAAAGAUUGAAAGAUGUUAAUUUGACUACUUUCCGAUGACGGAACGUUUUUGUUGGCUGUUGGCGGGUCAACUAAUUUUUGGGCGGGAUUGAUAUUAUUUUUGAAUAGUGCGGAGAGUUAUUAAAAAGUACUGUUGAUUAAUAUCACCUAGGUGUUAUAACUUGUGUAAAACAAUAUCGAUUGGAAAAAUAAACAGUGUAAUUUAAGUACAGUGUGGAGUUUGAUUCGAUAUAACCUGUUAUAUCUCAGAAGUGGGAUCACCGGCGUAAAACUGCAAAGGAUGGAUCUUUCCAAGGGCCGUAAAGAUGAUCAUCGGCGUCUAACAACGCCUCAUCGUGAGCAGAGCGGUGUGAGGCGCUCACGCAGCCGUAGCCGUCGUAGUAGCGGAAAUCGAUCGCUGAGGGAGCGAGAACAAGAUUUGGAGCGACAGCGACAGCGACUUCAUCGCAUGGAACACGUGCUUCAAGGGGAGCGUGACGCAGAACUACGGAUGAGUCGUACCAAGCAGCAGCUGCGGAUGUCUCAUCGCAGUCCGCGUGCCAACUCCGACCAUCGUGAACAGCGUGGUGACUCCGAGCGACGCGGAUGGCGGCGCGAAGACUCCGUGCGUCGCGAAUUGCGCCGCGACGAUUACGAGCGUCGUCAGCACGAUGCCGACUACGAGCCGCGGCAGAGCGACAGGAGGCCUUCGCGACACCAGCAGCGGGAUCAACAAGGCCGCGACGCUAGCGUGGGGCGACGUUCAAGGUCAUGUAGCCCUUCCUUCAGUACUAGAGAUAUUUACAAAAUAAUUCAGUCAUUUAAAAAUGAUAAAUCGUCACAGUCGUUUGAACAGAAAGCACAUUUAAACAAUAAACUUGACUAUAAAAAUAUCUUACCGGAAUUUGAUCCUUCCACAAAAAAUCAAAGAAUGGACGUAUGGUUAAAAAAGGUGAAUGAAUGUGCUUCUGUUUACGGCUGGGACGAAAGAACUACAAUCCAUUUCUCCAUGCAGAAACUGCAAGGACUGGCCAAAACUUGGUACCAAAGUCUAACUACAAUUCUUUAUUCAUGGACAGAGUGGCAAGAUAAACUAUUGAAAGCUUUCCCGUGCGAACAAAAUUAUGGCCAGUCCUUGGAGGACAUGUUGAGACGGAGGAGUAGGUUUAGUGAACCAAUUGAAAAUUAUUUUUAUGAGAAACUUGCCCUACUCAAUCAGUGUGAAAUCAGUGGUAAACGUGCCGUCGACUGUAUCAUCCAUGGUCUCACAGAUAGGACGGCCAAAUCUAGUGCCUUAGCUUUGCGAUGCUCAGAACCUGACCAACUUCUACAGUUUUUACUAAGCAAUAAGGACAACUUCAAUCAAAAUACUGUUAGAAACAAAACCUCUGACCACUCUAGUUCAGCUGACACUAAUCAACAAAAUAGAACUAACAGUACGGCAGGCGGUAAUAGUUCGUUGUUUUGUUACAAUUGUAAGGAGAAAGGGCACCCUUACCUGAACUGCCCCAAGCCAAUACUCAAAUUUGUCAAUCAAAACCCGAAAAUUCAACUACAAAACUAA